GAAAGUUAAACAGAGGCAACAUCACUGACUCAGAGCCAUAACCUUAAGAAGAUGCCAUUUCAGGUUCCGCUGUUGCUGCUUGUCCUGCAGGGCCUGGCCCAAAGCUCUGCGACCUUAGCUGAAAUGACCCUUGGAAGCACUUUUGUGAGUGAAUGUGUUCAAGAUGCCAUCCAAAAGGUCGACAAUGCCUACAAGUACACCGCUGAGCUCAAUGAGCAAAAACUAGCAAGAAGGUCAAUCAGUCCGUCAGAGCUCCUCUCUAUCUUCAAGAAGCCUGUAAGAGAAACAAGGUCAGCAAUCAGAGCUGCAGAAUACAUGGACACAGCUCUAAAUCUCAUCCAGUCUCGUAUCUACAGGAGACACAAGCGAUCAAUAAAUGCAACAGACCUUCUGUCUGCUCAUGACAUUCAGGUAAUUGCAACUGCCACAGGAUGUGGAAUACAGACCCAGAAGAGGAAAUGCAAGGUCACCUGUUUUUCCGAGAAGUACAGAACCAUCACUGGACAGUGUAAUAACAGGAAAAACCCCCGCCUGGGAGCAUCAAACACACCUUUGCGAUGGUUGGCUCCCCAGUAUGAAGAUGGCUUCUUUUUACCCAAGGGCUGGAAUGAAGAUAAGACAUACAAUGGAUUCCGCCUUCCACAGGUCCGAGAUGUGUCCAACAAGAUUCUCUACACUACAAACCUAAACUUCCCUCCGGAUCAGGAACUCACCCAUAUGUUUGUGCAAUGGGGUCAGUGGCUUGACCAUGACGCUGGACUCACCCCACAGAGCUUCAGCCUUCAGACCUUUAAUGAUGGAAUUGAUUGCCAGAAGACUUGUGCCAAACAGAGUCCUUGCUUCCCAAUUAAGGUACCUCCUGGUGAUCCUCGGAUUAACCAAACAAGCUGUCUUCCGUUUUUCCGCUCCUCACCAGUAUGUGGCAGUGGAGAGCUGGGUUACAUGUUUGGAGAUGUCAAUGUCCGGCAGCAAAUGAAUGCCCUUACCUCCUUCAUCGAUGGCAGCAUGGUGUACGGCAGCACAGAAACAGUGGCAAACAGCCUGCGCGUCCUCGGCAGCCCAGAAGGCUUGAUGGACAUUAAUAAGAACUUCACUGAUAGUGGACUGGCUUACCUACCCUUUGAUCAUGAUCCAAAUAGCGCCUGCCUCAUUGUGCAGAGAGCAUCAGCUCCAGUGAAUGACACACCAGUACCCUGCUUCAUUGGUGGUGAUGUUCGAGCAAGUGAACAGCUGGGUCUUGUAACUAUGCAUACACUUUUUGUAAGGGAGCAUAACGGAAUCGCUAAGGAGCUGAAGAGAAUAAACCCUCACUGGAGCGGUGAAAUAAUAUUCCAAGAGACAAGGAAGAUUGUAGGAGCCAUGCAACAGAUAAUAACGUACAGAGAUUUCCUUCCUCAUGUGGUCGGCACAGAGUCCAUGCAAAAGUUCCUUCCUCCAUAUCAAGGCUAUAAUGAAUCUGUGAACCCUACGACUUCCAAUGUCUUCACCACCGCUGCUUUUCGUUUUGGACAUGGUAUGCUCAUGCCUAAAGUGCCUCGUCAGAAUGAAACUUUCCAAGAACACCCUCUGUACCCCAGUGUCCCUCUCCACAAUGCAUUUUUUGCUACAUGGCGAGUUGUACAUGAAGGUGGCAUUGGUCCAAUUAUCCGUGGUUUGCUCGGAACACCAGCCAAGCAGAUGAAACAGGAUCAAGUAAUAAACAACGAGCUGCGAGACCGUCUGUUUGAACUCACUGAACACGUGGCGCUGGAUCUGGCAGCGCUCAACAUGCAACGCGGCAGAGAUCAUGCUAUCCCAGCUUACAAUGAUUGGAGACAAUUUUGCACUUUAUCUCAGCCUAAAAGCCUGUCACAACUGGGAAGUGUUCUCAACAACCCAAGUUUGGCAAAGAAACUUCUAGAUGUUUAUGGCUCAUCCAGCAAUAUUGAUGUGUGGCUUGGUGGAAUCGUAGAGCCACCAGUGGCAAAUGGAAAAGUGGGCCCACUCUUCUCUUGCCUGAUCGCAAAGCAGUUCCAGAAUAUGAGAGAUGGUGACAGAUUUUGGUGGGAAAAUGAAGGUGUCUUCACAGCAGCACAAAAGGAGGCACUAAAAAGCAUCAGUCUGUCUCAGAUAAUCUGUAAAAACACCCACAUCGAUGAGGUACCGUUGAAUGCUUUCAUAUACCAGAAAUACCCUCAGGGCUUCAAGAAGUGCGACACGAUCCCAAAGCUUGACCUCAGUGCCUGGAAAGAAGACUUUGACAGUUAUUUUUAUGAAUAAUUCAGUUGUAUCGAACCAAUUCAGAUAAGAUGCACCGAGGCAUUUCCUGGGGUUAGUGGGUUAUUCUUUUGGCCUUAUCCUGGAGGACCAGAAAUUUUUGUAGAAACUGAUGCUGUGGUAUCUGAAUGGACUUUUAUUCCAAUUUAAAGAAAAAGGCAUUUCAUGAUGGGAUUAUUGCAUAAUGUACAAAGAAUUGUCUUACAGAAUGAAGAGAAGUUGUCACAGUACAUGACUUAUGCAUAUAUAAUGAGAAAGAGAGAGAUUUAUAUAUAUAUGUAUAUGGGUCUACUUUCAUAGACCGAACGUACGAAUCACCGACACACAUUUUCCCCACCCCAAACAACCGACAACACACCACACCGA